UUGAUUUUCAAAAUUGUAAAGCGAAGAAGCGACUAUGGCGGAAACGAGUGUUCAGAUCUCAGAUCCAGAGUCAGAGUUUCUUGCUUCCAAGCAAGAGACCGGAUUUGAGUGGGAGCUUUUCAAGGAGAACGUCCGGCCACUGAAGAGAGGACGCAAUGUUCGUCAACUCAACCACGCUCUCAAAUCUCACUCCGACCACCAAUUGAAGAAGGAUCUCGUCGAUAAACGAAGGAAGUUGAUUGAAGCCAUCGAUGACUACGAAGGAGAUGACCCUCUCUCUCCUUGGAUUGAGUGUAUAAAAUGGGUGCAAGAAGCUUUUCCACAAGGAGGAGAAUGCUCGGGGCUGUUAGUGAUAUACGAGCAGUGCGUUCGCAAGUUCUGGCACUCGGAACGUUACAAGGAUGAUCUUCGUUAUCUCAAAAUCUGGUUGGAAUAUGCGGAGCAUUGUGCUGAUGCAGAAGUGAUUUACAAGUUUUUGGAGGUGAAUGACAUUGGGAAGACACAUGCUGUGUACUACAUAUCUUAUGCCUUGCACAUGGAGUUUAAGUCUAAGGUGAAAACUGCGAACGAGAUCUUCAAUCUCGGUAUCUCCAGAAAUGCAAAGCCAAUGGAAAAGUUGAAUGAUGCAUACAAGAAAUUCAUGGUUAGAACUAUGACAAGGCUCAAAACAGCUGAUGAAGAACCUAAGGAGAAUGACUUACCGUCAAGAAGCUUUGGCACAUUAUUGUCCAGGGGAGAUAAUAAUAAUGCAGGAAGGCAGGCGUUAGGACCACAAGCCAAAAAACCAAAGUCGAAUCACUCCUCCAAGACAACUUUCCCUAUCUACGCGGACACUACACCAGGGAAUAAUACACAGUUAGACAAGUCAAAACCAGAGUUUGGUAGCUGGCUCAUGCUCGGAGGCCGAGCAGAGAGGAACAAAGAAAACAAUUCUUUACCUGGAAAAUGGGCAACAUUCAAGGUUCCUCAGAAACCCAUUGUGAGAACUGCAACAGCCUCUGCUUCCACCUUUGAGGUCUUUGUCGAUGAAGAAGAAGAAUGUAAAGAGGGAGGAGAGAAGAAGAAGAAGACUGAAACCAUCUCAUCGUCAUCAAACGUUCUGCCCCUUAAUGAUGGCCGUGAGAUAAAAAAAGAAACAGAGCUGCUGCGACAGAACCCCUUAAGGCAUUUCCCAUCCAACAGCUUCCUACGAUGAUGAUGAGUAUUAUCUCUACGAACAAUCUAUAACAGACACGAUCUUCUGAUUUGAAUUUGAGGCUUUUGUCUAUAAAGCUCCUUGUAAUUUGCCUAUUUGGAUUUGUGUUUUGUGAUUUUCUGAGAUUUGUGUACCUUGAUGAGCCUUUUUUUCU